UGUAGCUUAAACUCAGGCAAGGACUGAAAUGUGACCUAUGGGGAAUAUUCAGGGGAUAUUGUUUACAAACGAUUUGGUGGGUAAAAUAUAUAUUAAUAUGUAAUAUUCUUUUAAAUGCGUGUUUAUUUUUCAGUACAAAUCAAGCUCCUGUCUCGAUAUUUUUAACUAACAGUAAAUAAUAAACGGCGCAUGCGCAAUUCCAGCGUGAUCACUCUCACUUUUGACGUCCCUUGUCCUGUUUUCCUACAUAACUGGGAGCUUUCUGAAACUAUGGAACAACUGCACAAACAAAUCAGAGUCACUCCAUCCCCUGGGUCUUUGUGGGUGACAUCACAAAGGGGAGCGGCAGCCUCUGGAAAAAACAGAGCACUCUUUGAACCAGUUGCUGGUUCCUUGAUAUUCACCCACCACCGGUAGCGCCCUUUCUCCACUGGAUCUCCGAGUGGCUGAGGUUUGCCAUGAAAAAAAAACGGUCAGGUGUGCGUAAACGUUGUACGGCAUUUGCGCAGUCGAACGCGGAAGGGGAAUAGCCGAUUCGUACGUAUUUUUCGGUGGGAAAAUGUCCUAUGGGAUGGGCCAGAAUCUCGGGAAACGCUACCUCCGUUUUAGCCGCUCUCGGUUUCGGGGUUCGGGAGUUGUCCGGCUGAUGGCACACUAAGUCUACUGACUGCAAACGCGAAGGGCUCCGUCUUCUCCUUCUUCUCAUUCUUCUUCGCUGAACCUUAAAGACAACUGUGAUCCAAUGUGGGUUUGACUGUAAUAAAUCCGUGCUCCGACGGAAGGACACGAAAAUGACCCACACGUACUGUGAAAAGCCACAGCCGACGACGUGUUGCAAUUAAGCCGAGCACCGAGCCGUCAGUCUCCGGCGGGAUUCAAGGCGAAGCGGACGGUGUAGUGAAUUGCUCUUGAUGGUAUGUGCCGGGUCUGCAUGACAGCCGGCCACAUAACCGAGGCGGUGAGGAGUCUCCUUCUUUUUUUUUUUUUGUUGUUUCUUUUUUUUUCUUGACGUCUCUGGGUCCAUUCAUCCCUCUGCUGUAAUGCCGUUCGCGCGGUUGUUAUAAAUCGGUGCGACGACUGAGAAUUAAUCCACCCAACGCUGAGCCGGUGUCGGGGAGAGCGGGGCUGAGGCGGCUCGGCAGUCGGAGGGAUAUGGGAGAGAGAGCGGAACCGAUGCAGUGGGUCUUGGCAAGGCAUCGUCAAAAUACAGGGCAGUGAUGCCUGGAAUGGUGAUGUUUCGGCGGCGCUGGUCAGUCGGCAGUGAUGACUUGGUGCUGCCCGCCCUCUUCCUUUUUUUAUUACACUGCAUCUGGUUGGUGGUUCUGUCCGUGGUUCUGUUCGGCCUCCCGUACGGCUCAGAACAGUCCUGUUCCAUAACACUAGUGGACCAUGGCCGAGGGUACCUGGGCAUCCUCGUCAGCUGCCUGAUAUGUGAGAGCGCCAUCAUGUGGUUGAGCAUGAGGGGCAGCAUUUUGUACACACAGCCCAGGGAAGCUGUGCAGUAUGUCCUUUAUAUACGGCUAGCUAUUCUGCUGGUAGAGCUAGUGUAUGCCAUUGUAGGAAUUGCCUGGCUUGUCCAGUACUACCAGCCAUGCUCUGAUGUCACUGCCAAGAACUUGGCUUUGGGGAUCGUUGCAUGCAACUGGCUAGUCAUAUUCAGUGUUUGCAUUACCCUCAUGUGCACCUUCGAUCCUACGGGUCGGACUUUUGUCAAACUGAAAGCAACUCGCCGACGGCAGCGCAACCUGACUACAUACACACUCAGACACAGGCUAGAGGAAGGCCAAGCAAGCAGCUGGAGCAGGAGACUGAAGUUCUUCAUGUGCUGCACAAGAGCACAGGAUACACAAUCAGACGCGUAUUCAGAAGUGGCCAGCCUUUUUGCAGAGUUCUUCAGAGACCUGGACAUUGUGCCUAGUGAUAUUAUUGCUGGCCUGGUACUUCUACGCCAGAGACAGAGGUCUAAGAGAUCUGCCAUCCUGGACCAGGCCAACAAUGAUAUUUUAGCCUUCUUAUCGGGAAUGCCUGUCACUCGUAACACGAGAUACCUGGACCUUAAGAACUCAGGUGAGAUGAACAUGUACAAGGAUGUGUGCUAUUACAUGCUCUUUGCCCUGGCUGCGUAUGGUUGGCCCAUGUACCUGAUGAGGAAGCCUGCCUGUGGGCUGUGCCGCCUUGCCAGCUCCUGCCCCUGCACAUCAGUGUCUGGCUCUCGGUUGUCUCAGUCCGUGACAGUGGAGGAGGACAACUGUUGCGGCUGUAAUGUCCUGGCCAUACGCAGACACUUCCUGGACAGGGAUCUCAAGCAGGUCCACAUUGUCUACACUUCCUGCCAUGAUGCCGUUUACGAAACCCCAUUUUUUGUGGCAGUGGAUCAUGCGAAAAAGAAAGUUGUCAUUAGUAUCAGAGGAACCCUUUCACCAAAGGAUGCCUUGACGGAUCUGACGGGGGAUUCUGAGCGUUUGCCUGUGGAGGAGCAGCAUGGUACCUGGCUUGGCCACAAGGGAAUGGUUUACUCAGCAGAAUACAUUAAGAAGAAACUGGAGCAGGAAAUGAUCUUGUCACAAGCUUUUGGAAGAGACUUGAACAAGGGCACCAUGCACUACGGGCUGGUGAUAGUUGGCCACUCUCUUGGUGCAGGCACUGCUGCUAUCCUCUCCUUCCUGCUGAGACGUGAAUAUCCAACACUUCACUGCUACUCUUACUCUCCACCUGGUGGCCUUCUUAGUGAGGAUGCCAUGGAGUACUCCAAAGAGUUUGUCACAUCGGUGGUAUUAGGAAAAGAUCUGGUGCCAAGGCUCGGUCUGUCACAACUGGAGGGUUUCCGACGCCACCUUCUGGAAGUCUUACAAAAAAGUAACAAGCCAAAGUGGAGGAUCAUUGCGGGAGGCACUAAAUGUAUCCCAAAAUCAGAGCUUCCACUAGAGGAUGAUGAUCCUCAGUCUCAGCCGACAGCACCGCCCAGCAGCCGCCUGUGGCUGCACCCCAGUGACCUCAGUAUUGCCCUGUCAGCCUCCACACCCCUUUACCCUCCAGGCAGGAUCAUCCACGUGGUGCACAACCAUCCUCCAGAGACGUGCUGUGGCCAGGAAGAGCCAACAUACUCGGCUCUGUGGGGGGACAACAAAGCCUUCAAUGAGGUCAUUAUUUCGCCUGCCAUGCUUAACGAGCACAUGCCCCACAUGGUGAUGGAGGGCCUCAACAAGGUGCUGGAGAACUACAACAAAGGGAAGACUGCUUUGCUGUCAGCAGCCAAGAUCAUGGUGAGCCCCACAGAAGUGGACUUGAACCCAGAGACGAUGUUCGUGGAUACAUCAACGACCUCUCAGCAGCCGACGCCUACAACCCACCAUCGCAGGAACAGUAGUGUUCGACAAAAACACUUGUUACGUUCGUGUGCUCAAUCGGAAAUCUCUCUGGAUGGUUUCUCUGAGUGCCCUCCUCCCCCAGUGCCUGUAGUGCUGCGUGGAGCGCGGGAGCGCCUUGCAGUGGAGCUGAGGGAGCGCAAAGCACCACUGGCUGUCAUGGAGAGUCUAUCAGACGCCGAGUCCCUCUAUAGUCUGGAUUCCCGACGCUCCUCGGCUGCAUUAAGGGGUUCUCCAAUGCUAGGCAGUCUCCCGUUCCCUUUGGAUGCCCCAAUCCCAGAGGAGAACCCAUCUCUCAGCUCUCGCACUGAACUACUCGCUGCGGACUGCCUCUGCCAGGCAACGCCGGAGCACCUGGGUGAGGUCGGGCCCUUCUUUACCCCGCUGGAUUCCAGAUCCCCCCCAGACUACCCCAUGCGUCUUUCUCCUGCCACACCACGCUUCAGUGGACACCAUUCCCCGGCUCUUCUGAACCAGAGUGCCCUGGCUCAGCCUUUCAAACCAGAGCCUAAUGCCACCUCAAAAAUACUUCCUGAUGGAGAUGACCAACAGAUACCCGGUGUCUACAGCCCAGGGAGCACUCCUAACGCUCCUCUAAGCCCACAAUUAGGCUCUAGACCAAUGGAUAGAGAAAACGAAGACUGGGAGUUGGAAAUGGCAGAGAAACAGUUAAGUGCAGAGAUCAGACCGGCAGCUUCUACUCCUCCACAACAGUUAUCCAAUGGGAACCCCAGCCAGGCAGUGCUGGAGUUUGCCCAGUACUUAGACUCUUUAUUCAGACUGGACGGCAGCAGCUCACCGCCUCUGGAACUGUCGGACGGGGAGUCCGAGUCAGGCCGGGGCUCCUUUGGGCAAGGUGAGUGUCUUGGAGAUGGACAGCGGUUGGAUGACAAACAGCUUCUGGCCAGAGCAACACUGGAGCCUAAUCUAGUCCCCAAGCCCCCACGCACUUUUGCCGGGUCUGCUGACCCGUCUUCAGGCAUAUCUUUGUCACCCUCGUUCCCUCUCUCGUCAUCCGAGGAGCUCAACGAUCUUUCCCCCAGCGAGGGUGCCCCGCCAUCCAUGCACUCCUUACGGACAUCGACCCCUUGCCACUGCCCCGAGGAGAACACGCUAUCCUCCAUGGUGUAGCGCUUUCUGAAGGCUCCAGUGCCAUUUGCUCUAAAUUGAGAGGUGCAGUCAUCCAAAUUUGAAAACAUAUCACAGUACAUGCAUGCGGUGGAAUGCAGUCACUCGUCAGAGAUCCAAUAACAGAACUUCACUGACCAACUCACAAACUCUAUCCAUUCUUCAGGUGUCCCUUUUGAACUCUGUUUAUAGCAUUUUCACACUAUUGCAAUGACAAAGAAAAAAAGAUACCUCUCUCUGCAUGCCAGGGGGCUGUGCUGCUUUUGGGUGAAUAUAGAUAACUGUAGCUUCACAAUGCCAUUCCAAAACAAUGUUGUCUCAACCACACGGGGACACGUCCGCAUUACAUCGAUUCCCUGACUUCAAUCAAAGGGAGAAUAAUUAACUGAGCAGGGAUUAAAAACUCACACUGUAGAAGAGGUUAGCUUAGGCACACCAUCUGGGUUGAUGUACUGUACAACUUCCUGCACCCUCAGCAGCUCCGGAAAUUUGUCCAGCGUUUAUUUGAUUUUUAUUUUUUUAAUUCAGGAAUGUGAAGAUGGACAUAUUCGUCAAUAAAUAGAAGCGAGAAGACAUUAAGAAAAGUUCCUCAGGUCUACAAUGAAUUGACUUUGAGAAAUAGAGUAAGUGUGUUUCAUUGGUGAGAAUCCAUGUGUCUUAAACAUUUAGUGAUUGUGACAAAGUUAUAACAGACGCCUAUGGAUGUUUUUGAGUCUUUCAGUUACUCUUUAUAGUGCAUGAAGAUGUUUUUUUAUUUUAUUUAUUCAUGAAGAGUAAUUGUCACUAAGCCACUUAGACUGACAUUUGGUUAUACUUGCACACAUUAUGUUGCUGAAUUUAUCCCCUUUGCCAAAAAAUGAAUACACUGUCUUGCCAAAUGUAUUUAUGAGAUGUAAUUUUGUAUAUGUACAUGGAUAUUGCUUUAUUUACACACACAGCUAAGUUCAUCAUCUUCUCCCCACGACAUUCAGUUGGUUCCCAUUGAGACUGUUACACAGCAACACCACAGAAACAAUGUCACCCUGACAUUAAACACUGCCAUGGCUUUCAUUUUGAAAAACAGAUCCUCUGCACACUGGGUUAAACAAAGAGCAAACUUGCUAAUAGUUGUCCUAGUUUCAUGAAUACUGUAUAUUUCUCCUCGGAGAGCUGUUAGCAAUGUGCCCAGGUCAGAGUUUGCAUGCUUUAUGCAUUUCAGAGUAGCAUGGCUGGUAUAAAACAAGCGUUGUCAUUAAGCCACAUUAAAUAAGCUAUGAAUAUCUCCAGAAACCAUCAUAUAUAAACUUUUGAGAGGCUGAUUGGAUGCCCAGGUCCCCAGAGAGGACCAAACUGCAUAUGCUUAAGGUGUCCCAGGAUAUCAUUUCUCGUUCUGAAGGUGCUCUCAGUCAUUUUGGACGUCGAGGUGUUUGCUUCCCUUUAAUCUGGUUCAUCUCAAACAGCCUUGAGGUUGGACUGACUGACGAAAUGGGUUGAACGUUGCGUAUCCCAAAUCUAAAAAUGGUUUGUGGCAUAUGAUCUUCCAUAUCACUUUGGGUGUAACAGGUGGCUCAAAAUUUGCAUUAUUUAUUACAGUUAAUGUUGUUUUAUUGCUAUAUUUGAUGGUAUUAUUAUCCUUAUUGCUCUUGCAACAGAUUGGUUUGAUGUCAGUGGUUUUUAUCUCAGUUUUUAGGACAGUGUGGGGAACUUUUUAAACUUUCCCAAACGUAGGACAUUAUCUAUUUCAGCUUUUUUUCUGUCCGAGUGAAAAAGUAUUUGACAUUCUGCCACGGCAUGGUGUCAAUAUGUUUUUCUUUCUUUUGCAAAUGUGUCAUAGUGGUGAGACAUGCUGAAAAGUGACUGCCUUCUCACUGCGACCUUUGGUGCAAAAUCCACCGUCAAGCCUGGAGUCACCAUAGCGAUCUGUCUACGCACAGUGUCUCUAAUUGGGAUGAGAUGUGCUGUGGUUACUCACAGUGGACAGCUCCAGCCAGUUUACCGUCUGACACUACUCAAAUCAUGCUGCCAGUCCCAGCAGACACAAUAAGGUUGGGCCAGCAUUUUCCUACAUUCAGUAGCCUCGCUUGCAGCUGGUCAUAUAUGAAACACUGCUGAAAGAAAGCACCAGUACUUUUCACCAUGAUGUGUACAGCACCAUCUUCUAUGUGUAAUUAUUUAUGCAGAUGUCUAAAUAAAUUCCAAUAGAGUCAUGUAGAAAACAACUAUAUAACAGUAAGGAGAUAAUGGAUAUAUUAAAAGAUAUCAGUAUUGACGUAUAGAGAAAAAAAAAUCAUCUGAAAGUUAUUUAUUCCAACUAUUGGCAGAUUUACAAAUUGGUCUAUAUUGAAAUGAAUAAUUCAACUAUGUCUUGUCCAUGUUUACCUGGUUUGCUUCCCUUCCUAUCCUGCCCCACAAUGAGAAUGUAUUUAAUCCCUUUCCCUCACUGCCCUGCCUGUAAUGGAAUAAACUACAAACUAUAAAAAAGAAAA